AUGGCGUCGAUUGCGGAAGGGCCGUUGCCAUUUAAGGUUUCUGGAGAGCAGAAUUCGUCUUCGAAUCCGACGGACGCGGUGAUAUUCGUUGGAAUUAGUCUGGUUUUAGGAAUUGCUUGUAGGCAUGUACUCAGAGGGACACGGGUGCCUUAUACAGCGGCUUUGCUUGUGCUCGGCAUUGGCAUGGGAUCUUUAGAAGCGGGUGCUGAGACCCCAUUCCAGGACAGUUCAUUUUGCUAUGCUUUUUUAUUUAGCCCAUCACGCUAUUUUUGUAUGUAUAGCCUAUGUAUUGGGCAGCAGCUUGUUGGUAGUGUUACUUGUGCGUUCAUAAGUCUUGACGCUUGGUUAUGCUAUUGCUCAGAAGUCUCUUGGGCAGUGUUUUAG